UGAGGAAUGGAAUCAUUCUGAUUGUGCACCUAUCACCAUGGUGGACCUGCGUAGUGGGAAGAGUACUAGUCCCUACACCCCUGAGCAACAAGAAAAGAUGGCCGCCUUAGUCAGAGCGAAUAGGGAGAGAAAGGAGCUCGAGAAACAGGCGAAGCUGAAGGCUAUCGUAGAGGAGCAGGCUGCAAAGAUGAAGAGAUUGGAGGAGGAGAUGAAAAAAGUUCAACAGGAGGAGGAAGCGAGGAGAAAGGUUGUCGAAGAAGAAGCAGCAGCAGAAGAAGAAAAAGAAAGAAAACGUAUUGAAGGAGGAGAAGGGAGUAGUGGCACAAAGAGGGAUACAGACGCAGAGAUGGAGAAGAGGAUAAGUGAGUGGGUUGCUAAUUUAUCGUUGGGAGAAGACGAGGAGGCGGWGUCUUAUGUUGCUAAGAAAGAGGCAAUCUGGCAAUGGGACAAAGAUUGCACGUCUGCGCUAAAGAGAUUGAAGCGCGCAUUAAAAGAGUACCCUGUCCUCAAAGUAGCAGAUCCGUCCUUGCCAUUUGUCGUCACCAUGGACGCGAGUCAGUAUGGGAUAGGCGCCGUGUUGCAGCAAGACGACGACAAUGGCUAUAGACCCGUAGAGUUCAUGUACGCGCUCAGGCAGGCUUUAGAGCACUGAAAGCAUUAUCUGCUUGGGAGACACUUCAAAGUGUAUUCUGACCAUGAAACGCUUAGAUGGUUAAAGACUCAGGCUAAGAUGACACCUAAGCUGACUAGGUGGGCCGCAUACAUAGACCAAUAUGACUUUGAGCUCAAGCCAGUAAAGGGCAAGUAUGACGUAGUUGCUGAUGCUCAAAGUAGGAGAUCAGACUACUUUGGAGCCAUAGUACACUAUCUGGAUAUAGGGAGAGACCUGCAGGAAAAAGUAAAGCAAGCAUAUGCGC